CGUCUAUGUUCGUUUUGUCUCUCCGCCGGGUUUGUCCGCGAUAUCAAGGAAAAGUUACAUUCCUGAAUCGUUUGCGGAUCAUGCGACAGCGCACGUUUGUUUCCCUUUCUGUUCGAACCGACGUUCUCAUUGCCAAACCAAAUUCAUUUCACACAAUUACGUAAAAAGCGAAAAAAUAAAAUCAGGCGGCGAAUGUGACGUCGCUCGAGCUCGAUACGUCUCGAGGCCGGCCGAGACCGCUCGCGAUAAUUAAUCACGAUAAUUAAUCGCAUCGUCUCAGCAUCGUCAGAGGUAAGGAAGGAGGUAUGCGCCGCGCGCAUACGAUGCCCUGAUAAAGUCCGCGGCCGCGCGCGAUCGUCAGUAUGGAGCUGCUUUCGUUGAAUUUUUUCAUAUACACUAUGGGUGGCAUAUGGCGGCCGGUCGAGUGGACGUCGGGCUAUGCCAAGGUGCUGUACAGCGUGUUCAGCUUCUGCACGAUAGUCCCAAUAUACUUUCUCAUGCUGACCCAAUUCAUGGAUCUCGUUCUCGUGGUCGAUAACGUAGAUGACUUCAUCACGAAUUCUCUCAUGUUCAUGACCAUCGUCGCUGUUUGCUGCAAGGCGACGACCGCGUUGUUACGUCGCGACGUGAUCAUCGACCUGAUGCAGACCUUGUCGCGGGAGCCGUGCAAACCCCAGGACGCGGACGAAGCGGCGAUACAGAUGAAGUUCGACGAAUUCAUCAGGUCAUGCUCGAUCAUGUACUCGCUUCUGGCCACUAGCUCUCUCACUGGCGUCACCGUCAGAUCGGUGCUGAACGCCAUGCAGGGUGUCUUGCCUUACAGAGCGUGGCUGCCGUACGACUCGACUUUAUCCUUGGCCUUCUGGAUCACGUCGAUUCAGCAGAUGACCUCCUUGAUCUUCGCCACCAUCAUCAACGUCGGCACGGAAACUCUCGUAUUCGGCCUGUUUCUGCAAACGUGCGCGCAACUCGAGAUCCUCGAGAGGCGUCUGCACAAACUGGUGAUCGACAGAACGGCUGGGAAAGCCGCCGGCGGGCAGAGGAAGUGGUCUUCAGUCGCUCCACCGCUUCGCGAGAAGGGGAUGAUUUCCGGCUAUAUACAUCAUCACCUUCGUAUUUACGAGUUAGUUAUGUACGCCAGAACGGUGAACGGCGUGUUCAACCAGAUACUCUUCGUGCAAUUCUUCGGCAGUAUAUUGACACUUUGCACCAGUGUGUAUUACUUGUCAUCUCACAUUAUGGAAAUCACAGCUGCGACCAUGGUGAUAUACACUGCUGGCAUGUUUGUGCAAAUUUAUGUCUAUUGCUGGUCCGGGAACGAGGUGAUACUUAAGAGUACGAAUGUAGGAGACGCGAUAUACCACACGGACUGGCCUCUGCUGACGAUCAGCGAGAAGAAGGAUCUGCUGAUGAUCAUGAGACGCAGUGCAAUUCCUAUCAAAUUCACCAGUAGUUUCCUCAUAACUCUGUCUCUGCAGUCUUACAGUAACAUUCUGAAAACGUCGUACUCGGCGUUCAACGUGCUGCAACAGUCCUGAGGUGGAAAACGGCCGAGAAUAACACGAGAUCGCACUCGGAAGUAAUGACAAGGAUAACAGUAGCUGUAAUAUUUGUACAAUAAUAGCAGUUGCGUAAACGUUCAAAUUCC